AAACAUCGUCUCAGCUGGGCUGAAAUCGCCUUCAGGUGCAGUGUAUCUGUCUGUAGUAUGAGCAUCAGCUGAUGUUUCGCAACAAAUAUUUUAUACGAAAGUAUUUACAUUGUAGAAUGCAAAUUGUAGGCAAUUUUGGACUAAUACAGGUUUUUAUAAAGAGAUUUUCGAGUGCAAGUACAAUAUAUGCCUUAAGUUCAGCAUAUGGAAAAUGUGGAGUUUCGGUAAUCCGUGUAUCUGGGCCAUGCACUAGGCAUGCUCUACACCAAAUAGUUCGCAACAAACGGGAGCUAAAAGAAAGACAUGCUCACCUAAAAGCGUUGUACCAUCCCUUAUCAAAUGAAAUGAUUGACAAAGGCCUGGUUUUGUGGUUUCCAGGACCCGCAUCAUUUACAGGUGAAGAUUGCUGUGAAUUCCAAGUACAUGGUUCGAUUGCGGUUAUAGCCGCAAUGAUGGAUGCAUUAAGUAAUGUGUCGGGCCUGAGGCCGGCUACGCCGGGUGAAUUUACAAAAAGAGCAUUUUUUGGAAAUAAAUUGGAUUUAACGGAAGUCGAAGGUCUAGCAGAUCUUAUUCAUGCUGAAACCGAAGCACAGAGGAAACAGGCUUUACUACAAAGCACGGGUUCUCUUUCUCGCAUCUAUGACGCCUGGAGAAGGCGUUUAAUACGUUGUGCUGCACAUUUGGAGGCGUAUAUUGAUUUUGCGGAAGAUGAGAAUAUUGAAGAGGACGUUAUUUUAAAGCUUACAAAAGAACUCAAGAACAUAAGAGAUGAAAUUAAGGUACAUUUAAAUGACGAAAGACAAGGAGAAUUGCUUAGAGAUGGAGUGCGUACUUGCAUUAUAGGGGCUCCUAAUGUAGGCAAGAGUAGUUUUUUAAAUUUAAUGUGCCAGCGAGAUGUAGCUAUAGUAUCAGAUAAAGCAGGGACGACCAGGGAUGUGAUUGAGUCCACACACAAUUUCGGUGGUUAUCCCGUUCGCUUCGUAGAUACAGCGGGACUAAGGGUAGGAACUGAUGACACAAUCGAAAAACAAGGCAUACUUAAGGCAAGGGAAAGCCUAGAAGCUGCGGAUUUAGUCCUGCUUAUUGCUGAUGCUACACAUCUUAAGCAACGAAGAGCAUUUGAUCAGAAAUCAAUAGAAUUAUUUUGCGCCGAUUACUUUAAAGAACUGGAUAUAAGUUUUGAAAUCCUUAAAAACAAACAUAUAAAGAUAAUAAUUAAUAAAAUAGAUUUGUUGAGUAUAGACGAAAUCGAAGAUAUACACAAAUCUCCAAAUGUUAUGGGUAUAUCGUGCAAGGAAAACUUAAAUUUGAAACCCUUUUUAGAGGAGUUUACACUCAUACUCAAGGGAAUUUGCGGCUCACCUCUAGCAGAGGCCCCUCGACUUACACACGCACGCUAUCGUGUACAAUUGGAACGUGCUAUUAAGCACAUCGACAUUUUUCUUUCAGAGUAUUCACCAGAAUUCUAUCCAGACAUGGCCAUUUCUGCUCAGAAACUUCGGCAUGCCGUCAAAGAUGUUGAAAGGAUAACAGGACAUGUUAGCACAGAAGACAUUUUGGAAGUCAUCUUCAGAGAUUUUUGUAUAGGAAAAUAGCUAUGCAAACAUUUGAUAUUAUAGGUUUAUUACUAAAGAUUAAUUAUUUGAAAAUGUGAAGACUCUUUUAAUUUAUAUAAUUAGGUUCAAAACACUUAACUUUAUUGAAUGUUGUGCUAACAGCCCUCUUUAAGUAAGAAGAUGGUUAGUAUUUUUUUAUUUUAAUAUGUAAACCAAAAAUAAAAUACACGGGUACCACUUUCCUGUUUGCUUUA